GUUUGCUGACGGCAGGGGAAGCAGUCACUCUCCCUCUCUCUCAACUUUACCAAACACUGGCAUCAAACCUAGUAUCUCUUACACUCUGUCUGUCUCGUAUUCAUUUCAUUUCUAUCUCUAGCUCGUAUGUUUAAUAUUUUCUUCAUUAUAUUAUCAUCAUUUUAAGCUUUAUAUAAUGGAGUCACACUAUCAUGGGUAUCAUCGUGUCAAUCCAAGGAAUUCCUCCCGUCAGGACGGUGAGCUUGGUCCAAGCAGUGUGACCUCAAUGGGCACGGCUCAGGUUUUACUCCAGGAGCUUCUAUGGCAAUUCAAGCAAAGAGAGUAUCCGGUUUUGGAGAAAGAGCACCAUCGUUGCUCUCAUGGUGCUCUAGGAUAUCGCCGGGCUCUCACCUGGGACAGCUUGCUUGCCCUGAUACCAGCGUCUGAGUGCAAACUGCUGGAAAGACUCUGUGCCCGAAUUUCACCAUCACACACAGCUGCGGUACUCUUCAGGUUCCGUGAGAUUUUGGCUCACAAUUAUGUCGUUCCCUGGGAGCUCGUUUGCAUCUUCAAACAGGUGCUGAAGGACUUCCUGAGACGGCAGGAAGAGGUGGGCUACCGAAGGUCUUUCCCUCCAGCCCCACCAACGCUACUUCCUGUUUCUCCUCCUCCUGCAGAUAUCAACGCUCGUGACCGAAAGACUACAAAGUCUACAUCUUCUCCGGAAGGGCAAGGAAAUCAUCGGGAGGAGAUCCCAACCAUAUCCAGUUAUGUGGACAGGCAUUUACAUGGCGCUUGUUCCUAUUCUGUCCAAAGAGACUGUCUUCCCUACUGAUGCUCCUUACCCUAUGACUAGUCUCAGACCUACAGCAGUAAGCUGUGAAUGCCAAAAAUAGCUCAUAGACACCCUAGUGAGCACAGUGUCCUUCCCAUAGGCAAAAACCUUCCCCUGGACACAACCACCACCCCAGCACUAGUGAGAUCUCAGUUUGAGGAUUUGCAAUAUUAGAGAGUGUUAUUUAAUUGGUAGGGGAAAGUGCUUGGGCUAAGCUGGAUGUUGACAAGAGCAAGGCUUAUAUAUGUGAUAUUGUGAGCACAAAACAAGUCUAUAAGAUUAACCAGUGAGUUGGUUCUAAUUUUAUAUAGUUCAUGGGAAUUCCAAAAUGUAUUGUGUCUCUGUACUAGCCAGUAAGAUGUUUUACCCAUAACACCAAUUUUAUACAAAAAUACUUUUAACCUCAUGAGUCUAAUGAGCUCAUAAGAAAUGCACAGGUAUUUUUUUAUUACAAAGUGUAGAUGAGCCCAAGGGGAGAAAAAGGCACAGCUCUCUGUAUGCUUCAGUACAUCACUGCAAGCACUGCACACUCUCUGCACACACUUUCUCUCUCUCUCUCUCUCUCUCUCUCUC